CCUAACUGGUCGAGAGGCAUAGCUGUUGUCUGGUCGAAUCACCUCCUUUCCUCAGAUUUCCUUGAAUUCUGCUAGAGUCUUCGCUUGUGUGUGAUUACCUGCCUAUUUCUCUUCCUCCUGAAGUGAGAACUCGGAGACCAUGUCUGCAGAAUUCUUUUCAUCUACAAGAGAGGAAGGAAGCCCUGGCUCAGGAGCUAGUUUUAGGUCCAAUCAGAGGAAGAUAUUAAACCUGCUCCUGGAGAGAGAUACUUCCUUUUCCAUCAGUUCAGAUCUCCCUAGAACCCCAGUGGAGAAGAAACUUUUUGGUGAUUCUGCAAACCUAAGCAUUUUGUCUGGAGAAACCCCCAAACGUUGCCUUAAUCUUUCGAAUCUUAGCAGCGGGGAGAUGUCUGCCACUCAGUUUACCACUUCUUCAGAUCUUGAUGAAACUGGUCACUUGGAUUCUACAGGACCUGAGGAAAUACAGUUAGCUGGGAUGAAUUAUCACCAACACCUUGUAAAAUGCAGCCCAGCACAGCUGCUUUUUAGCACUCCGAAUGCUUUGGACCAUGGCCACAGGAAGAAAGAUGCAAUAUGUAGCUCAUCCGCAAAUAAAGAGAAUGAAAACAGCACUUCAAAGCCCUUGGAGUGGAGGGUACCCAGGAACCUGAGGUCUCCUCUUUUUCUACUGGACAAUGGAAACUUGGUGGAAAGUGAAAUGAAACAUCUGGACAGUCCUAUUACUACAGUUUCAAAAUUAGAUAAAAAUCCAGAGCUAGGAGAAAACCAGACAGAGGAGAUUUCAGAUGAAUUAAUGGAGUUUUCUCUGGAAGAUCAAGAAGAGGCCAAGGCAUCUGUGAACAGGAGCUGCCUGUAUCACUCCUCUUUAUUGCCAGACAGUUUGAACAGUCUAAGACUGAAGCAGAUGGUAAAAUGCAAGGACAACACAAUACCAGAUAAAGUAAAAAAGAAGUAUUGUUCUAGCCACAAAGAGCUCAGGAAGGGCUUAGGUAUAAAGAAAAUGGUCUCCCUCUGUGACAUUAGUAUGACUCAGAUGCUGGAGGAAGAUUCUAACCAGGGGCCUCUGAUUGGUGAUUUCUCCAAGGUUUGUGCACUGCCGACCGUAUCAGGGAGACACCAAGAUCUGAAGUACGUCAACCCAGAAACAGUGGCUGCCUUGCUUUUGGGGAAGUUCCAGGGUCUGUUAGAGAAAUUUUAUAUCAUCGAUUGCCGCUAUCCAUAUGAGUACCUGGGAGGACACAUCCAGGUACCGCUUCUGAGACAAGAGGAUAGGGCUGUGAACCAGUAUCCUGCACUGUACUACCCAGAGCUGUAUAUCCUCAGAGGGGGCUACAGAGACUUCUUUCCAGAAUAUAUGGAGCUGUGCGAACCACAGAGCUACUGCCCUAUGCAUCACCAGGACCAUAAGGCUGAGCUGCUGAGGUGUCGAAACCAGAGCAAAGCAUGGGAAGGGGAGCGGCAGCUGCAGGAACAGAUUGCCUUGCUGGUGAAGGAUGUGAGCCCAUGAUACCAGAUCACCCACUGGCUGCCUAGGACUCACCAAAAGACACUGUAGAAACCCUGAGCAGAAAGAGGCCAUCUUCUAUGCAGCUAAAUCCAAGAUGUUAAAAGAUGUCAGAAAA